AGUUCUGGUUCACGAAUUGUUUAUAAAAGCUUAUUUAUUUAUUAUUUAUUAACAAUUAUGAAUCCUUGUACAAUACCUACAGAAGUAAUAGACAAUGACGGAGAUAACAGAUGGAUAUCUAUACAUAAAAGGUUUCUAUCAGAGACUCGUGAGAAAGAUCCUGAAAUAAUAUUUAUAGGAGAUUGUAUUUUGCAAGCUUUAGAGCAUACUGAGAUGUGGAAUAAAUUUUUUGCACCUUUACAUUGUUUAAAUUUUAGUAUCCAUUCAGAUUUGACGCAGAAUGUUUUGUGGAGGCUAGAAAAUGGGGAAUUGGAUCAUGUUGAACCAAAGGCUAUAGUGUUACAUGUAGGCAAUAAUAAUGUAAAGGAUACGCCUGAAAAUAUUGCUGAAGGUAUUUUGGAAAUUGUUAAGGUUAUAAGGAAUAAGUUGCCCAAUGCUUAUAUAGUACUACCAACUCUGUUACCCCGAGGUCAAUUCCCCAACAAAUUAAGAGAACUAAAUGACCAAGUGAAUAGUUUAGUCAAAACCGCAGUUACAGAUAUGGAAUUAGUGCAAACGGUUCCAAUACAUCACGGAUUCGUAAGAAAUGAUGGGUCUAUAAGCCACCACGACAUGCACGAUUAUUUAUUACUAACAAAUUCAGCUUCUAUGAAAGCCUUUGAACCGGUUUAUGAACUCCUAACGCAAAUUAUAAAUGAACAGGAACCUGAGAGAGACUUAACUCCAUCCGAAUAGGUAAAGGUAAAGGUAAAGCUUUAUAAUGCCUUAUUAAAAUUCUUAGGUAAUUAAAAUAAGUUGCAUUUAUUAAGAAAAAUAUUUUUAGACAUUCCAUGUUGCUUUUGUGCUUGUUUUUAGAACAAUAUUUAUUUAUAUUUAUUAAACAAAAUUGCCAAAAUAAAUUAACAGUAUUCACUCUUUGCAAAAAAAUUAAUUUAUUUAUUUAAAUAAAACAAAUGCUUUAUUAGUUA